AUGAAAGACGCUCCACUUCAAGGCGAUGAUGCCCGGCUGGCGGCCAUGGGCCAUCGGCCUGAACUCCAACGCAGUCAUUCGACAUGGUCAAUGCUUGGCUUGGCCUUUGCGGUUCUUAAUUCGUGGACUGCUCUUUCGGCCAGUUUGUCGAUCAGUCUUACAUCUGGUGGAAGUACAAGUGUGAUUUGGGGACUGCUCACUGCAGGAUUCUGCAAUCUUUGCAUCGCAUGUUCGCUGGCUGAAUUUCUAUCGGCAUAUCCGACAGCGGGUGGACAGUAUCACUGGGUUGCAGUCGCGUGGCCGAGCACAGUGCCAAUCCUAUCAUGGGUUACAGGCUGGAUCAAUGUGGCAGGUUGGGUUGCACUCGUAGCCACGAACUCCCUUCUUUCUAGUCAGCUUAUUGUUGGCAUCAUUUCCGUCCUUCACGAAAGCUAUGUGCCGCAACGCUGGCAUCAAUUUCUUAUCUACAUUGGACUGACCGUUGGCUCCUUCGUCAUCAAUGCUUUCAUGAACUCUAUCUUGCCAGUCAUUUACCGUGGUGCUUUCAUGUGGUCGAUUGGAGGUUUUGUGAUUGUGUCAAUUACGUGUCUCGCAUGCGCUUCUCCCAAUUACAACUCAGCUUACUUUGUCUUCUGCGACUUUGUCAAUACGACAGGAUGGCCUGAUGGAAUCGCAUGGCUUCUGGGUUUGCUUCAAGGAGGACUUGGUGUGACUGCCUUUGAUGCGGUGGCACACAUGAUCGAAGAGGUACCCAACGCUGAGAUCGAAGGCCCAAAAAUCAUGGUUAGCUGUGUAGGCAUCGGGGUGUUCACCGGUUCUAUCUUUUUGAUAGUCCUCCUAUUCGUCGCAGGAAACAUGGAAAAGGUCGCAACUUCCGCAGCUGGUCCUCUUCUACAGAUCCUGAUCGAUGCGACCAAGAGCAACGCGGGAGCUAUAUGCCUCUUGAUGUUACCUCUGGUAUGCUUGGUCUUUGCUAUAAUUAGCGUCAUGACCACUAGUAGCCGAAUGAUAUUUGCAUUCGCAAGCAUACAACGCGUAUACUCAUUCUUCACAGAGAUGGGGGUCUUCCUGCCUCUCGGUUUUUUUGCGAAAGUCCACCCAACCCUCAAAUUGCCCCUCAACGCCCUUAUUCUUAGUGUUGUUGUAGUAAUCGCAUUCGGGUGUAUCUUCCUAGGCUCUACAAGUGCUUUCAACGCAAUUAUCUCAGCCUCAGUCGUGGCUCUUGACCUGUCCUAUGGAAUACCCAUUGCCAUCAACUGUCUUCAGGGGCGCAGAUCGCUCCCCGAAAGAAAAUGGAAAUUGCCCAAUGCACUUGGAUGGUUUGUUGAUUCUGUUGCUUUAUCAUAUAUCGCCUUGACUACCGUCCUGUUUGUCUUCCCUCCGUCAAGCACGGUUACGGGGAGCAAUUACUGUAUCGCAGCAUUUGCUGUUAUCAUCACCAUCUCCGUUUUCCAGUGGUUUGUGGAUGGAAGGAAGAAUUUCACCGGUCCUCGUGUCGAUAUCACUCUCGACGCAUUGGAUACCGUGCCUACCAGAGAGGAGACCGAGCCGCCCAAUAUGCAUGAAAAGGGCCUAGUCGAGCCAGACUCAUCACAGAAUGCUCGAUCUAAUAAACAAUUCUUCCUGAUUGGACUUCUUGUCCGCACCCUGUAA